UACAGUCAUCGUUCAUCAUGCAUCCUUUAAAAAAUCACUAUCGCUUUUAUUUUCUCUUGCCCAUUUGUUAAUCCUUGACAGUUUCUUCCACUCUGCAGUAAUAUCUCUAGAGAAAUGGCCACAGAGGAAGGUCAACCCCUGCUGGGUUCCAAGGAGCAAAAGAAACAUUGGCAGCUACCUACUGAGCAACGUUCUAUCACAGACGACUAUCUAAGGUAAAUGUUUCCAUAACCUUAUGGAGAGAAAGGACUUUGAAGCAUGGCUUGAUAAUCUUUCUGUUACGUUUCUCUCUCUGACGGACUUGCAGAAAAAUGAGGCGUUGGAUCACCUGAUUGGCUUGAGCGGGGCUGUUCAGCUCAGGCAUCUCUCCAAUAACCUAGAGGCGCUUCUCAAACGGGACUUCCUCAAACUCCUCCCGCUGGAACUGAGUUUCUAUUUGUUAAAAUGGCUUGACCCUCAGACCUUACUCACAUGUUGCCUCGUCUCUAAGCAAUGGAACAAGGUCAUAAGUGCCUGUUUGGAGGUGUGGCAGGUGGCCUGUAGGAACCUAGGUUGGCAGAUUGAUGACUCUGUUCAAGAUGCUUUGCACUGGAAAAAGGUGUACUUGAAGGCUAUAUUAAGGAUGAAGCAGUUGGAGGAUCAUGAAGCCUUUGAGACCUCCUCGUUGAUUGGACACAGUGCCAGGGUGUAUGCACUUUACUAUAAAGAUGGACUCCUUUGUACAGGUUCAGACGACUUGUCGGCCAAGCUGUGGGAUGUGAGCACGGGGCAGUGCGUCUAUGGCAUCCAGACCCACACGUGUGCGGCAGUAAAGUUUGAUGAACAGAAGCUGGUCACUGGCUCGUUCGAUAACACAGUAGCCUGCUGGGAGUGGAGCUCGGGAGCCAAGACCCAGCAUUUCCGAGGCCACACAGGGGCAGUUUUCAGUGUGGAUUACGAUGACGAGCUCGAUAUCCUGGUGAGUGGCUCAGCAGAUUUCACUGUGAAAGUGUGGGCCUUAUCAACAGGCGUCUGUCUCAACACGUUGACUGGACACACAGAGUGGGUCACAAAGGUGGUCUUACAAGAGUGCAAAGUCAAAUCCCUCGUGCACAGUCCCGGGGAUUACAUUCUUUUAAGCGCAGAUAAGUAUGAAAUCAAGAUCUGGCCAAUUGGAAGAGAAAUCAACUGCAGAUGUUUAAAAACCCUGACCGUUUCAGAAGACCGGAGUAUCUCCUUGCAGCCUCGGCUUCACUUUGAUGGGAAAUACAUUGUGUGCAGCUCGGCCAUUGGGUUGUACCAGUGGGACUUCGCCAGCUACGACAUUCUCAGGGUUAUCAAACCACCUGAAUUUGGAAACUUAUCCUUGCUGGGCUUUGGUGACAUUUUUGCCCUCCUGUUUGAUAACCACUACCUGUACAUAAUGGACUUGAGGACAGAAAAAUUGAUCAGCCGUUGGCCGCUGCCGGAAUACAGGAAGUCGAAGAGGGGGUCAAGUUUCUUGGCAGGAGAAAUGUCUUGGCUUGAUGGUCUGGACGGUCAGAAUGACAUGGGCUUGGUGUUUGCCACCAGCAUGCCCGACCACAGCAUCCACCUGGUCUUGUGGAAGGAACAUGGCUGAAUCGAACCAACGGAAUCUGGGAUGUGGCUUUUUUAUAUAUAUAUAUAUAUAUAUAUAAAAUAAAAUAAAAUAAAAACAGAAUGGAGACUGCCGGCGAUGAAUCAAAUGGAGGAUGGUUUGCAUGAACCAAAGUUACGCAAGGUUUCAUCCUGCAACGCACAAUCGUUUUUACCAUUUAGUUGUCAGUGUCAUUUUCAAGAGCGGGGAGGUGGGGAUGAAGAGCCAAUGGGGCACCACAGGGAGGACUA